GAGCCUUCCCCCAUCUGAAGGGAGGCUGCCUUCUGCCCCUGGGCAGUUAGGGACAGGAGAGGCAAGGGAGGCCGAGCUUCCCUGAGUGAUGCUGUGAGGGAGAAACUGACUGGGUCCCAGCCUCCACAUCCUGGCCUCGUCUCCUCGGAGCCCUCAGCUCCGGGUCAUGCCUCCACAACCCAUCUCCCUCCUGGUCCUUGGGCCCCUGCCUGCACCCUCCAUCACGGCAGAGCUGGGCUCUAUGACAAGUGGAGGGAGAGCUGUGACCAUCAUGUGCCAGGCCCAAGGGAGCAUUGAGCGAUUCCGCCUGGAGAAGUGUUCUGCUGGGCGUUGUUCUGCAAUUAUAGAUUACACGACCACUUCAUUUUCGGAGAAUGAAGCCAGAUUCUACCUCACCUUGACGAAUGCUGGGCAGUACAGCUGCAUGUACCAGAACUCAUCCAUGUGGUCUUCACGCAGUGAGAUCCUGGAGCUGGCAGUGACCGGUGGGGAUGUCACCCAGACAGUGCAGUCCCCAACCUCCGCUUUGCCUUCAGAUUUGUCCCCAGAACAGGUGAGCCCCCCAGCGCAUCACAGAGCAAGUCAGAGCCCAAGACAGCCUCACGGCCUCAGGAUUACACGGUGGAGAAUCUCAUCCGGAUGGGCCUGGCUGGCCUGGUCCUGGCGGCCCUUGGGAUUCUGCUCCUCCAGACCCAGUGCGGUCAGAGAAGGACCCAAGAGGCAGCCAGGCCGUGAACAGCAGAAAGGACUCAUGGAGCCCUCAGAGAGGGAGAGCCUUGGGACAAAGACAAAUGUCUGUUCAUCCCGGAAUGUUCUGGUCCAUAACUGAGGACAUCUAUGUUUAAAAUGUGCAGAGAGCUAUAGUGGUCGCCAAGGCAAGAAUCCUCUGGCAUGGGGCAAAUGUCCUUUCUCCCGGAGCUGUGGGGCCUCCCGUCACCUUGCCGUGGGCUCUGCUGCCUGCCCCUCCUCUCUGCUCACCCCCAGGAUGGGAAAUUGUGCCCCAAAGACCUAGAAUUGGUUCAUCUAAUGGAACAAAUGAAUAAGCAUUGGAUUUUUCUAUGAAAGCAGAAAGUGCAAAAUGAUGCCCUUAGACAGAGCGAGCAGGCCUGGAACCCAAAUGUGUUUAUGCGCUGCUCUGGCAAGGUUCCUGCUGAAAUCUAACAAUGUGGACAUGAAGACCAGUUGGUGCGAAGCAGAGGCUGGGGGUGGGCAAUGCUGGCUGGCUCCGAAGACUGGCUCUGGGAUAAGAGGCCUGCUCUGCAGCCCUUCCUGCCUGCUGUGUAUGUCCUUCUCAGGACCAGAUUCAAAUGCCAGGGUGAAGGCACCUGUGCAGGGUGUGGGGUGAGAAUCGCCCCUAGCUGGUGUUGUCGAAUUCCCCUGCUCAUUGCUGGAUUAUACAUAAGUGACAGACAUGCCGAAUAAUCUGCGGUCCACUUUGCUGUAAUCCCUGGUUCGUUCCGGAAGGCUUCCCUUUCUGUCUUUGUUUGGUCCCAUCAUGCAGAUUUGCUGUACAGCGAUCCCUGCAGCUGGGAACAUUCCCCUUGUUGCUCCCCAGCCUGUUACCUUGCUCUUCCUUUUCUGAGCCUCUUGCAGCUGGGAGGCAGCAGUUCAGGGCUGGAAGGGAAGGAGAGGGGACAGCCUUGUCUUUCUGUUGAGCUGAGCAGACAGCUUUCUGUAUUCUGCAAGAUAGUCAUGAGGCAAGCUGCAUGCUCUUUGUGCACAUUCACCAUCAGGCUGUGAGAUAUUGGCUCCUACUUUACCCCUACUUUUGAGAAUGAAUGGGUUUGAGGUGCAGACAGAUGCUUGGUCUGCCAAAGCGGCUUUCUUAUCUGAGCACUUAGCUUUUCUACCCUGCCACUGUUGGUAAUGGAUGAAAUCACUGUCUUUAGGAUUCAGAACUGUACUGCACAUGUCACCUGAGUCCCACCUGCUGUGGUGAAGUCUCCCUUGUGCCUGCUGUGGAGAAGACGCCCUGAGGCAUGGCUGCCCCACCCCCCAGCCCCACUCGUCCCCAGAGACGCCCACUAGGAACCCACACCGAGCCCUGGGCCUCUCUCUUCAGACCCUGCAGCAGGGCUUCAGGAGGUGACCAGUGGUGAACUGGACACUGAGCCCUCACGCAGUGGGAGCCAGAGCUGUGUCCCCGUGGUCCAUGCUGGAGUCCAGCACUCAGGCCCUCCUCAGCAGACAGGGACCCAGCCUGCUUGGCUCCUUCGCCUCAGGCCUGGGGAAGUCACUGCAGAGAGCCUGCCGCACCAGGAGGCUUCCCUCAGGAGCACCUGGUCUCAAGGGCAGGACGGCCCCCCUCCUGGAGGGGCAGCAGGAGCUGGACGGCUCUACCAGUGGCCAGGAGACUGGAUGCCACAGAUCAGUCCCGUGCGCGAGGGCGCUGCAGCUGCUUCCAGGAACCCCUGGCUGUUUCAAGAGACCCAGCUAAGUGUCUAGGGUCCCUGGCUGUCUUCAGAGCCCCACUUCAGACCUGGCUGUGUCCAGGGACCAGCUAAAGCUCCUGUCGCCCACAUCAUGGUAGAGAUGCUCAGCUGACUCCUGAACUGCGCUGAGGUCCCCCAGGCACCGGAGGCAUCCCCAGGGAGCCACUCUCCCUCAGGUGCCCUCUGAAGAUCUUCCUAGCAGACCCCAAAGGCCCCCAGAUCUCCUGCUGACCCCGAGACUGGGCUCUGCUAUUGCAGCGGAGAGCUGGGCCUGUUCUCCGGCUCAGGCUUCACCUGGGCUCUGGGGUCGCCGGGAGGACUCGAUAUACACAGAGUGACGAUUGCGCAACCAGGCCCAGGGAUGGGCACCCCUGCUUCUCACAGUCCCAUGUCUUGUUUGUGACGCUGGGGUCCCUGUGUCUGUGGCCGCUACUGGGGUGAAGUGGGUGGUCUGAGGGACGGGGCUGGAUGCAGAUGGAGCUGGCCCUGCCCACCCAGAGGGCUUGCGUCUGCACCUCCUCACUCAGGUAAUGACCUCUAGGGCCGCGAGGGGGCGCGCGCGCUGUCCUUACUGUAGUUUCCUUCUGGUUAGAAUCCUUUGCGCUAUGAAAACUUGAAGUAGAGAGAUCACAAAUUUGAGGCCAUAAUAUUGGAUUACUUUGCUGAAUUCACGCACCUACAAUAUUUGAAU